UAAUACUUGUGAGAGAUCAAACGAUAGAUUUCCGCAGAGAGAGAGAGAGAGAGAGAGAUCAAUGGCAACAGUGACGAUUCCACCAACAAUUCCAUCUCCGGCCGAGGAUUGCGAGCAGCUCAGGAAAGCCUUUGCAGGAUGGGGAACUAAUGAAGACCUGAUUAUUGAUAUCUUGGGUCACAGAGGUGCAGCACAACGCAAGUUGAUCCGCGAAACUUAUGCUGAAUUAUAUGGAGAAGAUCUUAUGAAAGAUCUUGACAGGGAACUUUCAAGUGACUUUGAGAGGAUUGUUGUGCUAUGGACCCUGGAUCCUGCUGAACGCGAUGCGUUUAUGGCUAACGAGGCCACAAAGAGGUUCACCUCUAGCAACUGGGUGCUGAUGGAAAUUGCUUGUACCAGAUCCUCUCAUGAUCUAUUGAACCUAAAGCAAGCCUAUCAUGCUCGUUACAAGAAAUCUCUUGAAGAAGAUGUUGCAUAUCACACAAAUGGUGCUUUUCGUAAGCUUUUGGUGCCUCUUGUGAGCUCAUUUCGUUACGAAGGACCUGAGAUAAACACCAAGCUGGCAAGAUCAGAAGCUAGGAUACUUCAUGAAAAGAUAAACAAUAAGCACUAUGACGAUGAGGAGGUUAUCAGGAUCUUGACAACGAGGAGCAAAGCACAGAUAAACGCAACUCUGAACCACUAUAACGAUGAAUUUGGAAAUGCUAUCAACAAGGAUUUAAAGAAGGAGAAGGAUGAGGAGAAGGAUGAUUUCUUGAGUCUUGUAAGAGCAACAGUGAAGUGUCUGACUUAUCCUGAAAAGUAUUUUGCUAAGGUUUUGCGGUUAGCCAUAAAUGGGAUUGGUACUGAUGAAUGGGCACUUACUCGGGUUGUGGCAAGUCGUUCUGAAGUCGACAUGAAGCGCAUAAAGGAAGAGUUUCAGCGAAGAGCCAGCGUUCCUCUCGAACAUGCCAUUUCGGGAGAUACUUCUGGUGAUUACAAGAGGAUGCUUCUCACUUUGGUGGGACAUGAGGUUUGAGUAUUGAGGAUUGAGGAUUGAGAAGACUUCUAAGAAUUAAGGGACACAUAAUGUCGGAAUAAAACGUGUAUGAAACUCUUGUCUUUUAUUUGUGACUUAUUUAUUAAAGAUUGGGUAUUAAUUUAAAUGCAA